GCGCGGAUGGUCGAUGCUGGGGGAUGGGGCUCCUGAGCAUCCUGAAGAAAAUGAAGCAGAAAGAGCGGGAGGUGCGGCUGCUGAUGCUUGGGCUAGACAAUGCCGGCAAGACCACCAUCCUCAAAAAGUUCAACGGAGAAGAUAUCGACACCAUCUCGCCCACACUGGGAUUCAACAUUAAGACCCUGGAGCACAGAAAUUUCAAACUCAAUAUCUGGGAUGUGGGAGGUCAGAAGUCACUGCGAUCGUACUGGAGGAACUACUUUGAGAGCACAGACGGUCUAAUCUGGGUAGUGGACAGUGCCGAUCGGUUGCGUCUGGACGACUGCAGAAGCGAGCUCUCUGUCCUGCUACAGGAAGAGCGUCUGGCUGGAGCUACUCUCUUGGUGUUUGCCAACAAGCAGGAUCUGCCUGGAGCACUGACCUCCGAUGCCAUUAAAGAUACGCUGGACCUUGACAGUAUUAAGACCCACCACUGGUGUAUCCGAGACUGCAGCGCGGUGACUGGGGAGAACCUGCUGGCCGGAAUUGACUGGCUGAUGGACGACAUAUCCUGCCGAAUAUUUACUGCGGACUGACACCGUUAGCCCCCCCUGCUCCCCACACCCCCCUCCCCCUGUCACUACAGCACCACCCCCACCUAUCCCAAUGUGAUUGUCACACAGGCCAUCUGACACCUGCUGUUUUUGGUUUGUAUUUUGAGAGAUGGGAGAGUACUGAAUGGUACAAACAGAGUUUGAACGCAGCGGCUAACGCCCUGAACGCCAGGAGUAGAGAAACGUCAUCUGGGAAAACGUUCGCUUUGAUAAAAUGUAAAUGUCUUUUCUUGUGGAUAUGGGGACACAGUUCUGGAUCACUUCCGUCACAAACUCCACUUGGUUUCAUAGCCCUGUUGUGGCGAAGAUGGUCACUUUCAUUUCUGAGCAGUGUUCGGGAUGCCUGUACCGAUGCGCUAGGACCAUCUCUCCCCCUUUAUUGAACCAUCCUUUUUUCCAGCUGUCUCUAUCUGUCUCUCGCCCCCCUUCUUCCCUGUGCUUUCCCAACCUGCCAGUCCAUUUCUCCCACUGACUCCCUCUCCCAUCCUUCUUCCUCCUGUCGCAUACCCUCCCCAUUUUUCCUUUACCUCCCUGACCCUUCCUGUCACUUAUCUGACACCUCCCCUCUCCCCCACCUCUCUCUCUUUCCCUCCCUGCCCCCAUCACUUUGUUUGUGGGUGUGGUGAUUUGUGCCACGCGGCACAAGCCAUGGUCUUGCCCAGGGUGCAUCCUGUUGGCACUUUGUCGCUCGUUUGUGUUUUGAGCCCAGUUUCCGUGGCAACUGUGGGGAGGCCUGAGUCCACCGGCAGUGGUGAUCAGAACGUGGGAAGGGCACGGACGACUUUGUUUGUAUUGUCUUGCUGGUUAACUCUUGUUUAAAUUAUUUUACAGUGCAGAACAUUACAUUUAAAGAA